UGCGACUCAUCAUGCGUGACCCAAAUAGGCCCACUAUGUGUGUCAGAGUCAGAACCGCGUAUUAUUUUGAUCGCAUUCGUUAUCUCUUUUCGAACCUACAUAUCAGAUAAGGCACUUCACGGUGGGAGGAACGCAGCACAAACAAAAAGUGGAAAUUACAGCAGUUCGCACGGAACCAUCCUCGUACAGUGAUGACAAAAGCGGAUGUGUUUCCAUAGAUUUAGUUUGUGAAAAAGUACGGUGUCGGUGUUGGACAGUCGCAGGAUUACAACUCGUUUAUUGUUCGACGCAGAACUAGCGAAGAUGAGCGAUAAGGAUCCCGUCGUCACAGUGAAAGAUCUGCCCAUGACGUUUACCGUGAAAUACUUGGGCAACCAUCCUGCGAAAGGCCUAUGGGGAAUGAAACACACCAGGAAACCCGUCGACUUCCUGGUGGCUCAAGCCAAGAACCUCCCGCCCAACAUCAUCCUCCCCGUAGUCAGAAUAUGCAUCACGAAAGACGGCAUAAGCUACCAAGAGCUAACAGACACGACAGGCAACAGCUCACCUGUCCACUUCCCCGUGGACGUCAUAUCCUACGGCGUCCAAGACCUGGUCUACACCAGGGUGUUCAGCAUGAUCAUCGUCACCGACGACAACUUGGAGAACGGCAUUCCGUUCGUUUGUCACAGUUUCGUGUGCGAGUCCAGGGACCAAGCGAGGAAGAUCACCUACGCGCUGGCGGCGGCUUUCCAGGACUACAGUCGACGGGUUAAGGAAGAAAAUAAGGAUAUGACGAAAGUUAAAAGAUUCGCUAUCGACCUGAGGACUCCGGAAGAGCAAGCCGAGGCGUCCGACGGCGAGACUGACGCUUGACGCUGUUUUCGACUGACACGUCGACUUGGACUUUAAUAUUUGUGAUAUUUUUUAUUGCGGUUCACCCGGUGAAUAUUUGUUCUGGUUCAUUUAUCAGUAUUCAGCACGUUAUUGACACGUGUCGUAUUAACGCGUGUCAACUGUUCCACAUACAGGGUGAUAACUUUUUAAUUGUCCGAUACAGGUAUCUUUUUCAUUUUAAGAGUUACAGAAAUGAUUAAAUGGGCAAAAAUUAUAAUUAUAUUCAAUAUCUUGGUUAUUUAUUUACGAAAAUCCCAUAAAUUAUACGUAGUUAAGAGAAUUUCCUCUUUUUUCUAAUGAGGCAAAAAUUUAAUAUGGUGUUCGUAAGAAAAACAAAAGUUAACUACCGCUCAGCACACAUGUCUAGAGAUACGUCAAAACUGAUUGUAAAAAUCGAUUCUUCACGUCAUUUAAUAUUAGACUACACAUUUUUGUCCAAAAAUCUUGAAAAACAACUGAAAUACGACUAAAAAAAGAAAUAUCGUAAAAUCGGUU